UAUAUAGCUUCCUCUCUGAAUCUUUGACAAUUGUGUGUAGUGACUGAGCUUGUUACCGAUGGCUGAGCUUGUGAUUGGUGCUGUUCUCUCUGCUUCUUUUGAUUUUUUGCUUGAAAAGAUUGCUUCUCCUUAUGUUGAGGAGUUCUUCUUCAAGGGAAAGAAUGAAAGUGCAUCUGUUGUUUCUGAGAGGCUUUUCAAGUUGAAGUCAACCUUCAAUGCUCUUGCUGCUGUUCGCUUCGAAGUGGAGAACAGGAGAAUCAAAAACCCUGCUGUGGAGAAGUGGCUGGAUGAUCUUCUAGAUGCUGUCGAUGAUGCUGAAGACUUCUUUGGCGAUAUUGAAUACGAUGCUAUGAAACCCAACAAAGUUGAUGAGUCAAAGAAAGAGAAAAGGAAGAUGAUCAGUAAGUUACUCUCUUGUUUCUCUAAACCUUCUAGUUCAACACAUUGUGUAAGGAAUGCCAAUAUGGAAGAGAUUCUUAAGAGGUUGGAGUACUUAGCCAAUCAGAUUGGAAACUUGAAUCUUGGAAAUAAUGUUGUUGAGGUGAAACCAUCAGAAGGUUCACACGGUAAGACUUCUCUGCCAGAUGAACCUGAAAUCUACGGUAGAGAUACUGAUAUGGAUGCUUUAAUGGAGUUGUUGAUGUCAGAUGAAGUUAGUAGUGGGAAGAUAUGUGUCAUUCCUAUAGUGGGAAUGGGUGGGAUUGGAAAAACUACUCUUGCUCAAACUCUUUUCAAUAAUGAAAGAGUAAAAAAUAUGUUUGAAUCUAGAGCCUGGGCGUAUGUUUCAGAUAAAUUUGAUGCCAUGGCCCUCACAAAAACUAUAUUUCAAGAAGUAGCUCCAUGUGAUCCUUGCAAUGACAUGAAUUUGAAUUCACUUCAAGUUAAUUUGUCGAAAAAAUUAAUGGGAAAGAAGUUCUUGAUUGUUCUAGACGAUGUUUGGGAAGAUGAUUAUGUUCAGUGGACAGAAGUGAUGAAGCCUUUCAACGGUGGGACAAGAGGCAGCAAAAUAAUAGUAACAACAAGAAAUGGAAAAGUUGCAGACAUCAUUCGAACUGUUGAUACACACCAUCUUAGAAAAUUAUCAGAGGAUGAGUGUUGGGCACUGUUUGAGAAGCACUCUACCGGUGGCAACUCUAGAAAGUUUAUUGAGAACCCUAAGUUAAAAAGUAUCGGCAGAGAAAUUGCUAGAAAAUGUAAUGGUUUACCUUUAGCUGCUAAAGUUCUAGGAGGCCUCUUGAGAUCAACUAUGGAUGCUAAGAGAUGGGAACAAAUAGCAAAGAAUAAUAUUUGGGAGCUGACACAUGAAAGGAGCAAGAAUAUUCCAACUGCUUUAGAAGUAAGCUACUACUAUCUUCCUCCCCACUUGAAAGGGUGUUUUGCUUUUUGUUCAAUAUUCCCAAAAGGCUAUGUAUUUCAAAGGGAGGAGUUGGUAUUAUUAUGGAUGGCUGAAAAUCUUGUGAUGCAUCCCACGGAGAAUAGAAGAAUGGAAGAAGUUGGCGGUGAGCAUUUUGAUGAUUUACUAUCUAUGUCAUUUUUUGUAAAUUCCACAACCUGGACAGGUGCAUCUUGUUUUGUCAUGCAUGAUCUUAUUGUUGAUUUGGCUAGAACUAUUUCUGGAAAAUACAGUUGUUUCUUACAGCAAAAUGACGACAUUGAUAGGCUUGAGAAGAAGACACGUCACCUUGGAUGUGUCAUGGAACUUUAUACUGAUAACAAGAUAUCUAACUAUGAUUUUGAAGCUACACGUCUGCGAACCUUUUUAACAUUACUAGGUUCAAGAUAUUCAAAAAUCAGUAUUUCUAAGGAAGUAGUGCAUAAUCUUCUACCGAUGUUGAAAAGUUUGAGAGUUCUAUCUUUUUGUAAUACUCAUAUGACUGAGUUAUCUCAUUCAAUUGGAGAACUUAAACAUCUUCGCUAUUUAGAUCUUUCUGGCACUAAAAUUGUGAUGCUGCCCGAAUCUAUAAGUGUGUUGUACAACUUACAGACACUGAAGUUAGAAUCUUGUCAUAAACUUGAAGCUUUGCCUAAAGAUAUACAUCAUCUCAUUAAUUUGAGGCAUCUUCUUAUUAGUGGAUAUAGCCUAGUUGAGAUGCCAAGACAAAUAAGUAAAUUGACAAAUUUGCAACUGUUGACAACUUUUGUUGUUGGGAAGGAUACUGGUGCUAAAAUAGAAGAAUUGUUAGAACUUCAAAGUCUACAUGGAGAGCUUUCCAUUGAGAAGUUGGAAAAUGUAGUGAAUAUUACAGAAGCAUCAGAUCAAGUGCAUGUACUGGAUACGAUUCAACUUGAGGAAUUGACUUUGAAAUGGAGUUUGAAUAACGUUGUUGUCGAUCCAAAACAUGGAGAGGGUGUACUUGAAAUGCUUACACCCAACACAAUGUUAAAGUUGCUCCAAAUUCUUCAUUAUCCAAGCACGAAAUUCCCAAAUUGGGUUGGGAAUGAUUCGUUUAGCAACAUUUCUAAUGUAAGGCUUGAUGGUUGUGAGCAUUGCUCCAGCUUACCACCCUUUGGGCAACUUCCUUUGCUAAAAGAUCUUUCCAUCUCAAGAUGCAAUUCGGUAGUGAUGGUGGGUGCUGAGUUUUACGGGAAUAGUUCUGUGAGAGAGCCAUUUUCAUCAUUGGAAACAUUAAGCUUCAGGGAGAUGCCAUCAUGGGAGCAAUGGCAUUCAAUGCAAAUUGAACAGGCAGCAAUAUAUGGUAAGCUUAAAACACUUAGAGAUUAAUUGUUGUCCUAAGCUCGUUGGAGAUUUUCCUCGCUUUCUUUCUUCGUUAAUAAGUAUUGAAAUUAUUAGAGGCAAUGAGUGUGGAUUAUUAAGUCUCCCAAUAUUACCAUGUGUCACACAAAUGAGAAUUUGUCACCUGGAGCAUCCGGAGUCAUUGUAUGAGGCAAUAAAUCCAUCAAAACCUUCUUCAACUUCUAGUGGUGGAAAUUUUCCUACCACUCUCACUCCACUCUACCAUUAUCCUCCUCUUCAGUCUCUUAGGUUAGAAGACUGUGGAUCAUCGUUUAGAUCUCUCGAUAUGGAUUUAUUUCCUAAUCUCAAAACUCUUUAUAUUCAAUCCAGCCACUACUUUGAAGCUAUCUCAGUGUCAAAUGGGAAAUCACUUGAGGAACUAACAUCUUUAUCUAUUUGGCGUUGUGAUAGUUUUGUAUCUUUCCCAAAUGGUGGAUUUAUUGCUCCUAAGCUGAGUAAAUUGGAGAUUGUUAAUUGCCGUAAAUUGAAGUGGUUGCCAGAGAAGCUGAGUUCCCUCUCAUCUUUAGAGUCCUUGAAGAUCUAUUAUUGUCCGUUGAUAGAAACUUUCCCUGAAGGCGAAGGUGAUCUGCCUGUUAGUUUGUCUGAACUCUCUAUAUGCUAUGAUGUAAUGUUGAAGAUGAAAUGGAAUUGGCAAACAUUACCAUAUCUUACCUCUCUUGUUGUUCAAGGAUAUGGUAAUGAAGAUGAUAUGGAAUCAUUUCCGGAAGAAGGGCUACUUCCUACCACUAUUACCUCUCUUCAUAUAUGGGGAUUUUCAAAACUUAGAGGCUUGGACAAAAAUGGACUUAGACAACUCACCUCCUUGGAACAACUCAGAAUCUGGUUUUGCCCUGAAUUGCAGACAUUGUCAGAAGAAUGGUUUCCAACCUCCCUCACCACUUUACUCAUACAACAAUGUCGUCUGCUAAAGAAAAAGUACGACUUGAAGGAGAGCGGGAAUGAGGAGUACUGGAACAAGAUUAGUCACAUACCAAAUUUACUAUUAGAUUGAGCUUGCAUUUACUAUCAUCCAUAACAUCCUAAUCAUCGGGAGGUCUUUUAGGAAGCUUGUUCCACAACAUAAAACAAGCAGUGUUCGUGUCAGAUUGUAAUUUGGUUUGUUAUAAUAAUUAAUAUUCAUGGCUGGUUUAGACUUGUUUUGUGUUUUUAGUAUUGUCUGGUUUUUUCUCUCUGCAUGUAAAGAAAAUUCUGUUGUACUGGGAUUUAGACACACUGACUUUUCUGAUUAGAGCAAUUUUUCAACUUUUCAAG